AUGUCUGGCACGAGGCGAACAAGCAAACCAAUAAAACAGUUUAAAAUAUCGCGCAAAAAACUGAACCGUGCGUUAGAAAAGCUAAAUAACUUGCCGAAAAUAAUUCCCCAUAGUCCAGGAUUUUUUUCCAACUGUAAUACUAAUAUAAUAAAACAACUCAACACCUCCGCGCAUGUGCAACCUAUCUCUUGGAAGCAAAAUUGGUUAAAGCUGUUUGCAACUUCCAUCACAAGCCACGAUUGGGAUACUUUUAUCAAAACCCUCCGUUUAGCGUCUCAAAAUCAUAACAACUGUGGAUUGGAUAACGUUUUACGGAACUGUUUCUUUGGCGUUCUAACACAUCCAAUCUACCGGGAUGAAGAGACAUUACGUUUAUUGCUGUACACUAUUGCACCGUGUCGCAACGAGUAUGAUAUCGAGUUUUGUAUUGAAACUAUCUUGCGGACGUUCGAUGGUAAAUACACCUUUACAUAAUGGAGGACUUUACGACAGCAAAGCAACCAAAACAACCUACCUCGUGGGGCUCAUUGUCCAAAGCUGAUGUAAAAAUCCCGUUCCAUUUUUGUUAGCGCAUACUCCGGAUCUCGGAACUGCAUUGCCAUCGAUAUAUACACUCUCUUUGGCUAUAUUUGGGUCUGAUUUUCGGAGAAUAUAACAAAUAAGCCACCACAACUUUUUCAAUUGUAAGCAAGUACAGUAAAAUUAUAUUUAAAUAUAGAAAUUAUAUAUCCAAUAAUUAUCAUCAGAUUCUAGUAUAAUGUACUUAUAAUACUGGCUAUAACUUAAGAUUUCAGUUCCGAAGUUCUUCCUUCCAAAUGCUGGAGAUUUUGUUGAUUACUUCUCCAAUCAUUCUGACGAAAUGUCGCACCGCAAAUGCUGCAUUUAUGACGAAUGCGCCCUUCUUUGUUAUAUCAUAUGGCUUUAGCA